GAGCCGGCCGCAUGGCGCUCCAGGGCUUCUGCAGCGCCGAUGGCUCCGACCCCUUCUGGUUCUGGAGGUCAGAAGGCCAGAAUGCGGUGCCGCGUUCCUUCUGGAGGCUCUGGGGGUGAAUCCAUUUCCUGGCCUUUUCUAGCUUCCAGAGGCCACCCGCGUUCCUUGACUUGUGGCCCUGCAUGACUUUGACCUGUGCUUUGGUCAUCACAUCUCCUUCUCUGACUCCACCCUCCACCCCCAACCCCGCCUCUCUCUUCUCACCGGGAUACCACAGGAUCCUCUCCCAUCUCAAGAGCCUCAACUGAAUCACAUCUGCAAAGUCCCUAUUGUCAUGAGUGGAACGUCACGUGGAACACCAGCAACCCUGACUUCACCAAGUGCUUUCAGAACACCGUGCUCGUGUGGGUGCCUUGCUCUUACCUGUGGGCCUGCUUCCCCUUCUACUUCCUCAAUCUCUCCCGCCAUGACCGGGGCUACAUUCAGAUGACACCUCUCAACAAAGCCAAAACUGCCUUGGGAUUUUUGCUAUGGAUCGUCUGCUGGGCAGACCUCUUCUACUCUUUCUGGGAAAGAAGUUUGGGCAAGAUCCUGGCCCCAGUGUUUCUGGUCAGCCCAACCCUCCUGGGCGUCACCAUGCUGCUUGCUACCUUCCUAAUUCAGGUCGAGAGAAGGAAGGGAGCCCAGUCCUCAGGGACCAUGCUCACUUUCUGGCUCAUAGCCGUGCUGUGUGCCCUCGCCAUCCUGCGAUCCAAAAUCAUGACGGCCUUAAAACCGGAUGCCCAAGUCGACCUCUUUCGAGAUGUCACUUUCUACAUUUACUUUUCCCUCGUGCUGAUCCAGCUGGUGUUGUCCUGCUUCUCAGACCGCUCACCCCUGUUCUCCGAAACCGUCAACGAUCCCAAUCCCUGCCCAGAAUCCAGCGCCUCCUUCCUUUCCCGGAUCACCUUCUGGUGGAUCACAGGGAUGAUGGUCCAGGGCUACCGCCGGCCCCUGGAGAGCACUGACCUCUGGUCCCUGAAUAAGGAGGACACGUCUGAACAAGUCGUGCCCGUCCUGGUAAAGAACUGGAAGAAGGAAUGUGGCAGGUCCAGAAAGCAGCCGGUGAAGAUCGUGUACUCCCCCAAGGAUGCCGCCAAGCCGAGAGGGAGCUCCAAGGUAGAUGUGCACGAGGAGGCCGAGGCUCUGCUUGUCAAGUCCCCCCAGGAGGAUCGGGACCCGUCCCUGUUCAAGGUGUUAUACAAGACCUUCGGGCCCUACUUCCUCAUGAGCUUCUUGUUCAAGGCUGUGCACGACCUGAUGAUGUUUGCCGGCCCGGAGAUCUUAAAGCUGCUCAUCAGCUUCGUGAACGACAGGAAGGCCCCGGCCUGGCAGGGCUACUUCUACACGGCGCUGCUGUUCGUCAGCGCCUGCCUGCAGACGCUCGUGCUGCACCAGUACUUCCACAUCUGCUUCGUGAGCGGCAUGCGGAUCAAGACCGCCGUCAUCGGGGCCGUCUACCGCAAGGCCCUGGUGAUCACCAAUGCAGCCAGAAAAUCCUCCACUGUCGGGGAGAUCGUCAACCUCAUGUCUGUGGACGCCCAGAGGUUCAUGGACCUGGCCACGUACAUUAACAUGAUCUGGUCAGCCCCUCUGCAAGUCAUCCUUGCCCUCUACCUCCUGUGGCUGAACCUGGGCCCCUCCGUUCUCGCCGGGGUGGCUGUGAUGGUCCUCAUGGUCCCCAUCAAUGCUGUGAUGGCCAUGAAGACCAAGACCUACCAGGUGGCGCACAUGAAGAGCAAAGACAAUCGGAUUAAGCUGAUGAAUGAAAUUCUCAACGGGAUCAAGGUGCUCAAGCUUUAUGCCUGGGAGCUGGCAUUUAAAGACAAGGUGCUGGCCAUAAGGCAGGAGGAGCUGAAAGUGCUGAAGAAAUCUGCCUACCUGGCGGCGGUGGGGACCUUCACCUGGGUCUGCACACCUUUCCUGGUGGCCCUGUCUACCUUUGCCGUCUACGUGACCAUUGAUGAGAACAACAUCCUGGAUGCCCAGAAGGCCUUCGUGUCCUUGGCCUUGUUCAACAUCCUCCGCUUCCCCCUGAAUAUUCUCCCCAUGGUCAUCAGCAGCAUCGUGCAGGCGAGUGUCUCCCUCAAGCGCCUCCGGAUCUUCCUCUCCCACGAGGAGCUGGAGCCCGACAGCAUCCAGCGACGGUCCAUCAAAGACGCUGGGAUCACAAACGGCAUCACCGUGAAGAAUGCCACGUUCACAUGGGCCAGGAGCGACCCUCCCACGCUGCAUGGCAUCACCUUCUCCGUUCCGGAAGGUUCCCUGGUGGCCGUGGUAGGCCAGGUGGGCUGUGGGAAGUCGUCUCUGCUCUCAGCGCUCUUGGCCGAGAUGGACAAGGUGGAGGGACACGUGGCUAUCAAGGGUUCAGUGGCCUACGUCCCCCAGCAGGCCUGGAUUCAGAAUGUUUCUCUGAGAGAAAACAUCCUUUUUGGACGCCAAUUACAGGAACGGUUUUAUAAGGCUGUGGUAGAAGCCUGUGCCCUCCUCCCAGACCUGGAAAUCCUGCCCAGUGGGGACCGGACAGAGAUUGGUGAGAAGGGCGUGAACCUGUCUGGGGGCCAGAAGCAGCGUGUGAGCCUGGCCCGGGCCGUGUACUGCAACUCUGACAUCUACCUCUUCGACGAUCCCCUCUCGGCAGUGGACGCCCACGUGGGGAAGCACAUAUUUGAAAACGUGAUUGGCCCCAAGGGGUUGCUGAAGAACAAGACGCGGCUCCUGGUCACACACAGCAUCAGCUACCUGCCCCAGGUGGAUGUCAUCAUCGUCAUGAGUGGCGGCAAGAUCUCCGAGAUGGGCUCCUACCAGGAGCUGCUGGCCCAGGACGGGGCCUUCGCUGAGUUCCUGCGCACGUAUGCCAGCGCCGAGCAGGAACAGGGGGAGCCCGACGAGGGCUUAGCAGGCAUCGGCGGUCCAGGGAAGGAGGUGAAGCAGGUGGAGAAUGGCAUGCUGGUGACGGAUGCUGCAGGGAAGCAGCUGCAGAGACAGCUCAGCAGCUCCUCCUCCUACAGCGGGGACGUCAGCCGGCACCACACCAGCACCGCCGAGCUGCAGAAGCCCGGGCCCACGGGGGAGGACACCUGGAAGCUGAUGGAGGCAGACAAGGCUCAGACAGGGCAGGUCAAGCUCUCCGUGUACUGGGACUACGUGAAGGCAAUCGGACUUUUCAUCUCCUUUCUGAGCAUCUUCCUUUUCCUGUGUAACCACAUUGCUUCCCUGGCCUCUAACUAUUGGCUCAGCCUCUGGACUGAUGACCCCAUCGUCAACGGGACCCAGGAGCACACGAAAGUCCGGCUGAGCGUCUACGGAGCCCUGGGCAUUUCGCAAGGUAUCACGGUGUUCGGCUACUCCAUGGCAGUGUCCGUCGGGGGCAUCUUGGCCUCCCGCCGCCUGCACCUGGACCUGCUGCAUAGCGUCCUCCGGUCGCCCAUGAGCUUCUUCGAGCGGACCCCCAGCGGGAACCUGGUGAACCGCUUCUCGAAGGAGCUGGACACAGUGGACUCGAUGAUCCCGCAGGUCAUCAAGAUGUUCAUGGGCUCCCUAUUCAGCGUCAUUGGCGCCUGCAUCAUCAUCCUGCUGGCCACGCCCAUAGCUGCUGUCACCAUCCCGCCCCUGGGCCUCAUCUACUUCUUCGUCCAGAGGUUCUACGUGGCCGCCUCCCGGCAGCUGAAGCGCCUCGAGUCGGUCAGCCGCUCCCCGGUUUAUUCCCACUUCAACGAGACCUUGCUGGGGGUCAGCGUUAUCCGCGCCUUCGAGGAGCAGGAGCGCUUCAUCCGCCAGAGCGACCUGAAGGUGGACGAGAACCAGAAGGCCUAUUACCCCAGCAUCGUGGCCAACAGGUGGCUGGCCGUGCGGCUGGAGUGUGUCGGCAACUGCAUCGUCCUGUUUGCCGCCCUCUUCGCUGUGAUGUCCCGGCACAGUCUCAGUGCCGGGUUGGUGGGCCUCUCGGUGUCUUACUCACUGCAGGUCACCGCAUACUUGAAUUGGCUCGUUCGGAUGUCGUCCGAGAUGGAGACCAACAUUGUGGCUGUGGAGAGACUCAAGGAGUAUUCAGAAACUGAGAAGGAGGCUCCCUGGCGAAUCCCGGAGGGGGCACCGCCCAGCACCUGGCCCGACACGGGCCGAGUGGAGUUCCGGGACUACGGCCUGCGCUACCGCGAGGACCUGGACCUGGUUCUCAAGCACAUCAACAUCACCAUCAACGGAGGGGAGAAGGUAGGCAUCGUGGGGCGGACAGGAGCCGGGAAGUCAUCCCUGACCCUGGGCUUGUUUCGGAUCAACGAGUCUGCCGAGGGAGAGAUCAUUAUUGACGACGUCAACAUUGCCAAGAUUGGCCUGCACGACCUCCGCUUCAAGAUCACCAUUAUCCCCCAGGACCCCGUCUUGUUUUCGGGUUCCCUCCGCAUGAACCUGGACCCGUUCAGCCAGUACUCGGAUGAAGAGGUCUGGACGUCGCUGGAGCUGGCCCACCUGAAGGGCUUCGUGUCGGCCCUUCCCGAUAAGCUGAACCACGAGUGCGCGGAAGGCGGGGAGAACCUGAGUGUCGGGCAGCGCCAGCUUGUGUGCCUGGCCCGGGCGCUGCUGAGGAAGACGAAGAUCCUCGUGCUGGAUGAGGCCACGGCGGCCGUGGACCUGGAGACGGACAACCUCAUUCAGUCCACCAUCCGGACACAGUUCGACGACUGCACCGUCCUCACCAUCGCUCACCGGCUCAACACCAUCAUGGACUACACGAGGGUGAUCGUCCUGGACAAAGGGGAGAUCCGGGAGUGCGGCUCGCCCUCCGGCCUCCUGCAGCAGCGAGGUCUCUUCUACGGCAUGGCCAGGGACGCUGGCUUGGUGUGAGCCCGGAGUUGGCACGGCUGGUCAGAACUGCAGGGCUGACGUGCCAGCCGCUGGUGAGGAGGCAGCAUCUUUGGGAACCCAGGCCUCACGGAGACGGAAACCAAAAAAAACCACCAAAAGCCCAAACACCAAAACACAAAGCAGCCACCCUUUGGUCCCCUGCCUGGAAUUGGCCAUGAAGAAACAGGAGAG